AUGGUGUUCAACGGUGAUCUCAGCAAGAACAUCUCGUUCGAGGACUACCUCGGCCUGACAACCUGUCUCGUCGAGUGGGCCGACAGCUACGAUUCCAAAAACUGGGACAGAUUGCGGAAGUGCAUCGCGCCGACGCUACGAAUCGACUACCGUUCGUUCCUCGACAAGCUCUGGGAGGCGAUGCCCGCGGAGGAGUUCGUAGCGAUGAUCUCGAAUCCGUCCGUGCUAGGCGACCCGCUCCUGAUGACGCAGCACUUCAUAGGCGGCACGCGCUGGGAGCGCGUCUCGGACGACGAGGUCAUCGGCAUCCACCAGCUGCGCGUGCCGCACCAGCGCUACACGGACGCCUCGCGCUCCGAGGUCGCCGUCAAGGGCCAUGCCCAUUCGACUAACACGCACUGGUACAAGAAGAUCGAUGGGGUCUGGAAGUUUGCUGGGCUCAACCCCGAGAUCCGCUGGACCGAGUAUGAUUUCGAACGCGUCUUUGCUGGUGGUCGCGAUGAAUUUGGGGCGGCCGAUGAUGCGAAGGCAGCUGCGGAUAUCCCCGUCCGUACUUAG